UUAAUUAUUUUUUUGUGUUGCGCGCGCGCGUCCGGGUCGGCUGUGCGCAUCAGGGUGGGAAGAUCAUGGGCACCCUGCGCGACCUGCAGUACGCCCUGCAGGAGAAGAUCGAGGAGCUGAGGCAGAGGGACGCGCUGAUCGAUGAGCUCGAGCUCGAGCUGGACCAGAAGGACGAGCUGAUCCAGAAACUCCAGACCGAGCUGGAUAAGUACCGCUCUGUGAUCAGACCGGCCACGCAGCAGGUCCAGCAGAAACACAACGAGCUGCAUGAGCAGCAGAGGACCAAACGGCAAGCCAUCUCGGCUGAGCCGACAGCCCUGGACUUCCAGGAUCUCAGCCAAGUCACCCUACCCUUCUACCCCAAGAGCGCAGAGUCCAAGGAGCUCAUCAAGGAGGCCAUUCUAGACAAUGACUUCAUGAAGAACUUGGAGCUUUCACAAAUCCAGGAGAUAGUGGACUGCAUGUACCCGGUGGAAUAUGACAAAGAGAGCUGCAUUAUUAAGGAGGGCGACGUAGGCUCACUCGUCUACGUUAUGGAAGAGGGCAAGGUGGAGGUAACCAAGGAAGGCAUGAAGCUGUGCACCAUGGCACCGGGGAAGGUGUUCGGCGAGCUGGCCAUCCUCUACAACUGCACCCGCACCGCCACGGUUCAGACUCUCACAAAUGUAAAGCUAUGGGCCAUUGACCGGCAGUGUUUCCAGACAAUCAUGAUGAGGACUGGACUCAUCAAACAUGCUGAAUACAUGGAGUUCCUCAAGAGUGUUCCCACAUUCCAAGGCCUUCAAGAAGAAAUACUCAGCAAACUCGCGGACGUGCUGGAAGAGACUCACUAUAGCGAUGGAGAAUACAUAAUCAGACAGGGAGCUAGAGGAGACACCUUCUUCAUCAUCAGUAAAGGAAAGGUGAACGUUACCCGGGAAGAUUCGCCUAAUGACACUGUUCAUCUCCGUGGCCUGGGGAAAGGGGACUGGUUUGGAGAGAAAGCACUUCAGGGAGAAGACGUUAGAACGGCCAAUGUCAUCGCUGCUGAGGCUGUCACUUGCCUGGUCAUCGACAGAGAUUCAUUUAAGCAUUUGAUUGGAGGUCUGGAUGACGUCUCGAACAAAGGCUAUGAGGAAGCUGGAGCCAAAGCGAAAUACGAGGCAGAAAAUGCCUUCUUCUCCAACCUGAAGCUGGCAGAUUUCAACAUCAUCGACACCUUAGGGGUGGGAGGAUUCGGACGAGUCGAGCUGGUGCAGCUCAAAAGUGACGAGACCAAAACGUUCGCCAUGAAGAUCCUGAAAAAGCGCCACAUCGUGGACACGAGGCAACAGGAGCACAUCCGCUCGGAGAAGCACAUCAUGCAGGAAGCCCAUUCAGACUUUAUCGUGAGAUUAUACAGGACAUUUAAAGACAGCAAAUAUCUGUAUAUGCUGAUGGAAGCCUGUUUGGGAGGUGAACUGUGGACCAUUCUCAGAGAUCGAGGAUCUUUUGAUGACUCCACAACACGCUUUUACACUGCCUGUGUAGUGGAAGCCUUCGCUUAUUUGCAUUCCAAAGGGAUAAUUUAUCGAGAUCUCAAGCCAGAAAACCUCAUCCUGGAUCACAGAGGCUACGCCAAGCUGGUGGAUUUCGGUUUUGCCAAAAAGAUCGGCUUCGGGAAGAAGACGUGGACCUUCUGUGGAACACCGGAAUACGUAGCACCGGAAAUUAUUCUUAACAAAGGCCAUGACAUCUCAGCAGAUUACUGGUCACUCGGUAUCCUCAUGUAUGAGCUCCUGACUGGCAGCCCACCAUUCUCAGGGCCGGAUCCAAUGAAGACGUACAAUAUAAUCUUAAGAGGUAUUGAUAUGAUUGAAUUUCCAAAGAAGAUCACCAAAAAUGCUGCCAAUCUAAUAAAGAAACUAUGCAGAGACAAUCCAUCUGAGAGACUAGGAAACUUGAAAAACGGAGUUAAAGACAUCCAAAAGCACAAAUGGUUUGAAGGCUUUAACUGGGAAGGGUUGCGCAAAGGGACUCUCACCCCUCCUAUUAUACCUGAAGUAUCAUCAGCAACCGACACUAGUAACUUUGACAGUUUCCCCGAGGACAACGAGGACCCGCCACCUGACGACAACUCGGGCUGGGACACGGAUUUCUGAUCCUAUUGGCCUUUUUGACUCUCAGUCCAGACCUUCAGGACUUGGUUGUGUUGAGAGACCGCUGCUCAAGGAGGCGAACUUAAAAAAAAAAUGAUAUAAAAAAAAAAAAAGAGUCCAGCUCUGGGUCACCAUGAUGCCUUCCCCAACGUUGUCCCUAUUGGGAUGCCCCAGAUAUCUAAACAUCCACACACACCGAUAGCUUUAUCACAUUGCAUUAUUCCUCAUUCCCCGUUCAUUAUACUCUUGCCUUUUUAUGAUUGGACAGAACUCGAGUUGACAGGAUUGGACAGUGCUGAUUUUUUUUAUUUUUUCAACCUGUGGUCAUGCUGUUAAAAAUCAUGCUCUUAAAUUUUAGUUUCUUAACCGGUGUAACAGUACAGUAUAUCAUGAUUGUGUAUAUAUGGUAUUAUGUAUGUGGAAAGUCUCGCACUCUGUAUGUCAUUAUGACAGUGAUUAAGGUAUACAUGAUAACUUUCUUUAAUACACUGAAAGGCCCGUCCACUUAAGUGCUUUUCCUUAACACUUAUAUUCAAUUAAAUAUUCACAACAUUUUAGCCUAUUUCACCUUAAAGAAACAAAAAGCAAAAACCCCAUCUAUUGACAUUUCUUAUACUGAAUGUGUCUUAGGCAAGGGUCAGUGUCUCUAGGUUUACACCACCAGAGGGCAGUCUGUGAUAAACACAAAUCACCUGAUGGGCCGUGCGAAUGAAGAGAAGUUAAAACGAUCAGCGAACAAUUAUUGUGUACGUGCUGCUAUAUGAUCCGUCCCAUCAUCAUGGUUGGCCACGCCCACUACAAAACCACCAUCAUCCAUCGUCUCAUCGAACGGCUAGACGACUGCCUGAAGGCUGACAAUAGCUUGAACACAAACUAAUGUGCUGGAAAACAAAUUAAGGAUUUUUAUUUAUUGUAGGACCAGAGGUAAAUAUUUAUGUACAUAUUCAGUGCUGAUAUUUUGUGAUACUUGUAGAAGAAAAGAAUGUCUAUAUAUAUAUAUAUAUAUAUAUAUAUUGUCAGAGUAAAGCUGGCUCUGUUAUUUAAUUUGUUUGGAAUACGUUUUAUCUGUAUGGUACUUUGUAGACUUUGUUGUAUCUCCUUUUGUGCACCGCGUGUCCAAAACUUCAUGAUGGACAGUUUGUUUGAUUGUUUAUUUCCGGCAUUAUUGGAAGUGCCUUAAUUCAAUGGCAUUCGAUAUAGACCCUGCGUUGGAACUGAUGCUGCAUGACUAGGUGAACACCUCGGAUAUGUAAUCUUUACUCGUUUGUGGCUUUUUUAAGGUUCGCCGAUUUCUAUGCCUUUUUCUUACAAUAAAAGCAUCGAACAUA